GCAGAGGGAGGUCAUGGAGGAACUUAGGGAUGCGUACCUUGUAUGGCGAAAUGACAAAUGUCUGUUCAAGUGCAUCAGCGAUUGGUGGGAAUAUGUUAAAGUCGAAUUCCGUUGUUUCUUUCAGGCAAAAGGCAGACAACAGGCGUGUGCGAAGAAGUGGGACUUCAGGAAACUGCAGCGCGAGCUGCGGUCCCUGCAGGACCUGCUCCAGUGUGGCUGGGACAUCAGGGAGGAGCUGGAGGAGACCAAAAAGAGCUUGAAAAGGCACUUUGAGGAGGAAUCCAAGCGAAUCGUCUUUCGUUCCAAGGUGGAGAACCUGGAGAAGGGUGAGAAGUGUAACUCUUUCUUUUUCAGGAAGCUCCAUGCUGGCCACACGCCCCUGACUGAGCUACGAGACAAGACCGGACACAUGAGGAGUGGCAAGGAGGAAGUGAUGGGGGUCGUCUCCGACUUCUACAGCAACCUCUACGCCCCCAAGUCAUCCGACCCCGAAGCCGCCGAGAGGUUCCUGUCAGAGCUCUUCGCUGAGACUAUCCGGCAGAAUGGAGAGAUCAGAGGGAUCACCGGACCAGGACCAGAUCGCUACGAGGUCAAGUGCUUGCUCUACAUGGACGACGUGACCAUCUUCUGCGCAGACCAGGGUUCGGUGACUGCGCUCGUCCAGACCUGCGAGGACUUCGGCAGAGCUUCGGGGGCAACAGUCAACUGCGGGAAGUCGGAGGCCAUGCUCUUCGGGGAGUGGCACCUGGCUUCUUCUGCCCCCUUCCCCUUUACUGUUAAGCCGGACUUCAUUCAAAUUCUUGGAGUCUGGUUCGGGAAGGAAGGAGCGGCCCUUGAGUCUUGGCAAGACCGACUAGGAAGGAUAAACUCGAAGAUCGGACUGUGGAGCUCCAGAAAGCUCUCGAUGGAAGGCAAGGCACUUGUCCUGCGGAGUGAAGUUUUGCCUGUGCUCCAAUAUCCUGCACAGUCCUGGCCUCCCCAUACCACCGUUUGCAAGGCCAUCACCCGGACAGUGUUUGGCUUCGUCUGGGGCAAAAUGGGGAGUCAAGAGGUUCGUGAUGUUCAGGGAGCCCCGCAAGGGUGGGAAGGGAAUACCCGACAUCCCCACUCUGCUGAGGGCCUCCUUUGCAUGUGUCACCGUUCAGCGGACUCUUGUUGAAAAGACUGGCUCAG